GCGAUCGUGAGGCGCCGGAGGACGUUCCCCGCGGCCGGAGUCAUGGAAAUCCCGCUGCCGCCCGACGACCAGGAGCUCCGAAAUGUCAUCGAUAAGCUGGCCCAGUUCGUGGCUCGCAACGGGCCCGAGUUUGAAAAGAUGACGAUGGAGAAGCAGAAGGACAACCCGAAAUUCUCGUUCCUUUUUGGAGGCGAGUUCUACAGUUACUACAAGUGCAAGCUGGCGCUGGAACAGCAGCAGCUCAUUUGCAAGCAGCAGGCCCCUGAGCUGGAACCAGCCGCAGCCCUCCCUCCCCUGCCCCAGCCCCCUCUGGCCCCCACGGCGCCCAUCCCACCGGCCCAGGGCACCCUGUCCAUGGACGAACUCAUCCAGCAGAGCCAGUGGAACCUGCAGCAGCAGGAGCAGCACCUACUGGCCCUGCGACAGGAGCAGGUGACUGCGGCCGUGACCCACGCCGUGGAGCAGCAGAUGCAGAAGCUGCUGGAGGAGACCCAGCUGGACAUGAACGAGUUUGACAACCUGCUGCAGCCCAUUAUCGACACGUGCACCAAGGACGCCAUCUCGGCUGGGAAGAACUGGAUGUUCAGCAACGCCAAGUCCCCACCACACUGUGAGCUGAUGGCCGGCCACCUGCGCAACCGCAUCACUGCCGAUGGGGCACACUUUGAGCUGCGGCUGCACCUCAUCUACCUCAUCAACGAUGUGCUGCACCACUGGGCCCUGACGCGCGGAAGGUCUCUCCCUCACAGCCAGCGCAAGCAGGCGCGGGAGCUGCUGGCUGCCCUGCAGAAGGUGGUGGUGCCCAUCUACUGCACCAGCUUCCUGGCCGUGGAGGAGGACAAGCAGCAGAAGAUCGCCCGGCUCCUGCAGCUCUGGGAGAAAAACGGCUACUUUGAUGACCCUAUCAUCCAGCAGCUGCAGAGCCCGGCCCUGGGGCUCGGCCAGUACCAGGCGACACUCAUCAGCGAGUACUCGUCGGCGGUGCAGCCGCUGCAGCUGGCCUUCCAGCAGCAGAUCCAGACCCUCAAGACGCAGCACGAGGACUUCGUCAGCAGCCUGGCCCAGCAGCCACCGCCCCAGAUGCCCUUGCCACAGAUGGACGCUGAUGUGAAGGCCACGCCACCCCCUGCUGCCCCACCCCCGGCCCCCACGCCUGCCCCAGCCAUCCCACCCACGACCCAGCCAGAGGACAAGCAGCCCCCCAUCCAAAUGCCUGGCUCUUCCGAGUAUGAUGCAUCAGGAGGGGUCCAGGACCCUGCAGCUGCUGGGGCCCGGGGCCCUGGACCCCACGACCAGAUCCCACCCAACAAGACCCCCUGGUUUGAGCAGCCUCACCCUGUGGCACCCUGGGGCCAGCAGCAGCCCCCCGAACAGCCCCCAUACCCGCACCACCAGGGGGGCCCGCCCCACUGCCCGCCCUGGAACAACAGUCACGAGGGCAUGUGGAAUGAGCAGCGCGGCGGUGACCCUGGCUGGAGUGGGCAGCGGGAGGCCCCCUGGAGUGGGCAGCCCGAGCCCGGCUGGAGCGGCCAGUUCGAGGGCCCCUGGAACAGCCAGCACGAGCAACCUCCCUGGGGCGGAGGCCAGCGAGAGCCACCCUUCCGCCUGCAACGCCCGCCUCCCUUCCGAGGGCCCUUCCCGCCACACCAGCAGCACCCACAGUUCAGCCAGCCGCCGCACCCUCACAACUUCAACCGCUUCCCACCACGCUUCAUCCAGGAUGACUUCCCCCCUCGGCACCCCUUCGAGCGACCCCCCUACCCACACCGCUUCGACUACCCGCAGGGCGACUUCCCCGCUGAGAUGGGGCCCCCACAUCACCACCCUGGCCACCGCAUGCCACACCCCGGAAUCAACGAGCACCCACCCUGGGCUGGGCCCCAGCAUCCUGAUUUCGGGCCUCCUCCACACGGCUUCAAUGGGCAGCCCCCCCACAUGCGGCGUCAGGGCCCCCCCCACAUCAACCAUGACGAUCCCUCCUUGGUGCCUAAUGUGCCGUACUUUGACCUGCCCGCAGGGCUGAUGGCCCCCCUUGUGAAGCUUGAGGACCAUGAGUACAAGCCACUGGACCCUAAAGACAUCCGCCUGCCACCCCCGAUGCCACCCAGUGAGAGGCUGCUGGCCGCCGUCGAGGCCUUCUAUAGCCCCCCCUCCCACGACAGGCCCCGGAACAGUGAAGGCUGGGAGCAAAAUGGCCUCUAUGAGUUCUUCCGAGCAAAGAUGCGGGCCCGGCGGAGGAAAGGCCAGGAGAAGAGGAACAGCGGGCCCUCAAGGUCGAGGAGCAGGUCCAAGAGCCGAGGGCGCUCGUCCUCCAGAUCCAACUCGCGCUCCUCCAAGUCGUCCGGCUCCUACUCGCGCUCACGCUCCCGCUCCGGCUCCCGCUCCUACUCCCGCUCCCGGUCCAGGAGCCGGAGUCGGUCACGCUCCUCACGAAGCCGUUCCAGGUCCCGGUCCCGGUCCCGGUCCAAGUCCUACUCCCCAGGCAGGAGGCGGCGAUCCCGGUCCCGGAGCCAAACCCCGCCUUCCUCGGCUGGUCUGGGUUCUAACUCUGCACCGCCUGUCCCCGACCCCAGGCUCGGAGAGGAAAACAAGGGACACCAGAUGCUGGUGAAGAUGGGCUGGAGCGGAUCCGGUGGCCUCGGCGCGAAGGAGCAGGGCAUCCAGGACCCCAUCAAGGGCGGAGACGUGCGGGACAAGUGGGACCAGUACAAGGGCGUGGGCGUGGCGCUGGACGACCCCUACGAGAACUACCGCCGCAACAAGAGCUACUCCUUCAUCGCCCGCAUGAAGGCCAGGGACGAGUGCAAGUAGCCGCCGCCGUGGCCCUCAGCCACCGGGACCUUCCACUGAGAGGCAGUGGAAGCUUCCGGAUGGUCCUGCCAGCCAGCUCUGACCCAGGCCUCGCCCACAGCCACCUUCGUGCAGGGGGACGUGCUGCAGGGCGACGCUGGCUUCUGGUUUUCCUUACAGUGAAGUGAGAAACCCCAGGCCGACGCUCCCGGGACACAGGCUUGAGGCCGCGCAGCUCCAUCCCAGCUCAGUCUCGUGGACCAGCAGGCGUCCAUCGGACCAGCAGCCCCAGCGGCCCGGGUGUCGCCCGCUUCCACCCCUGGCAGGGUGCAGUGACAGAGCCACGGCCCGCGCUCGCGUGCACCCGUUUAGAAAAGGAAGCCAAAGCUGAAGCGGGUGUUCGCGUUUUGUUCCCCGUGGCCUAGCGUCAGGAACAGCUCCUGUUCGGAGCCCGCUCCUCAGACACACGGCCUCAUUUCUGUCUUCCCGUUGGGGAAGUCGCUGUGUUCUCAGAAUGGCAGGGGGCUGUUGCCUGGGCAGCAGGCUCUGAGGAGUGGGCUUGGGAUCCCCCAGGGCCUCUGCCUCAGCUCAGUACAGCUCUGUUUAUUUGUACAGAACCAUUUUUGGAAAAUUCUUUUCACUAAGAUGCAAAACCUUUCCAACUUUUGACCCCGAUGGGAUAGAACUUUUGAUUUUGUUUUAGAUUUUCCGUAGCUGUGAAUAGUUUGGAAGUGUCUGGUUCAGGAUAAUACAUAAAUACGUGCUAUUAACAAUUUGUGGGUUUUACUGUUUUGCCUUCAAAUAAAGAUUUUUUUUUUUUUAAGAACGGA